GUCACCUCGAUUGCCGACAUCGAAAUUCGAAAGCGAUGCGGCACGCGCGUUUUUGUCGGAAUCGGAAUAAAACAAAACAAACAAAAUUGAGUCGUUCGUAUUAAAUAAGAGUACCUAUAAUAAUGAGUUGGAAUAAAUUGUUGUGCAAUCGUCAGGAGUUGCAGUUGACUGGUACUCUAAAUGGUGGUCAAAGUUUCAGAUGGACUCACGACAAAGACAAAGAUGAAUGGACUGGAAUAUUUUCUAAAACGGUUUGGAAAUUACGGCAAUCAGAUGAUUAUUUGGAAUAUCAAGUAAUUGGUACUUUGCUUGAAAAUGGAACAAAACCUAACAAAGCAAGAAAGAGUGAAAAGUUCAAGAAGUUACUUGACAGUUAUUUUCGACUUGAUAUGAAUUUGUCAGAAUAUUAUAAUAAAUGGUCCGAAAAAGACAAGUUAUUUAAAUCUGCCUGCCAACAGUUCUAUGGCAUUAGGAUGUUGCAGCAAGAGCCUGUUGAAAACUUGUUUUCAUUUAUUUGCAGCCAAAAUAACCAUAUAUCCAGAAUAUCAAGUAUGGUAGAAAAGCUGUGUACACAUUAUGGUGAAAAGAUAAGCACUUAUGAGGGAGCUUCUUACUAUGCAUUUCCCUCAGUGGACAAGCUUGCUCAGCCAGAGGUGGAGAAAAAAUUGAGGGAUUUAGGUUUUGGGUACAGAGCUAAAUUUAUUCAGAAAUCAGCCAUGCAGAUCAUGGAAUCAGGUGGGGCGAAAUGGUUCCAAAGUCUGCAAGAUAUGAAGUAUAAAGAUGCUAGGUUUGAGCUUAUGAAGUUGCAUGGAAUUGGACCAAAGGUGGCAGAUUGCAUAUGCCUAAUGUCUCUAAAUCACUUGGAGGCGUUGCCAGUGGAUACUCAUGUAUAUCAGAUAGCUGCACAGAAUUACCUGCCGCACCUCAGAGGCAAGAAGAAUGUCACAGAGAAGAUGUAUGUAGAGAUUGGGGACCACUUCAGGCAACUGUAUGGGGACAUGGCCGGGUGGGCACAUACUCGCAGACAAGAAAUGGAAUCGCAAACUCACAGAUAUGAGAAAGAAAAAGACUUACGUAUAGCUUGAACAAGCUUUGGGUGUACUUCAUACGUAAUCAAAGGAACGGGCAACAAACGCAGAUACAACUUGAGAGUCCCCGCCACCACAUUGAUGUUGCUGUAAACACUAAGAUCUGCCGCUUCGCCGUCUGAAAAAUGU